AUGGCAAAGGAUGUACACAAUGAUAGGGAAGGAGUAUGUCUGUGUUUGUCCCGACAGGAGAACCCGUUCAGGGACCGGAUCGUGGAGACGUUCUCCGAGGACGGACUCGGGAACCUCAGCUUCAACGACUUCGUCGACAUGUUUUCUGCUCUCUGCGAAACUUCUCCCAGAGAACUCAAAACCAUCUACGCCUUCAAGAUCUACGACUUCAACAGGGACAGCUUCAUCUGUAAGGAGGAUCUGAGGAAGACUCUGAACAAGCUGACUAAAGGAGAUUUAACCCCCGAAGAAGUCACGCUGGUCUGUGACAAAUCCAUCGAGGAGGCCGACCUGGACGGAGACUCCAAGCUCUCCUUCUCCGACUUCGAGAACAUGAUCUCGAAGGCUCCGGACUUCCUGAGUAACUUCCACGUACGAAUAUGAGACGAGAGGACAGACGUCUCCCUCGCACUCGCUGGCGGAGACGACCGGAGAAACCUGACAGAAAGUCUGGAGGCUCAGAGGAACCUGUUUCUGCAUCAAGUCUCUGAGACCAGUUACUAACAGGCUGGACGCGGACGGCCAGCGAUGAACCAAGACGGGAUCAUUCUAUACCAAGCAGAGCCGGACCUGGGGCACCGUUUCAGAUGGUGUUGUCGAAAUUUCUGUGGUUAUUUUCAAAAUUUUUAUUAAUUUUAUUCAACUUUUUUCCAGCUUUUUUGACAAAGAUGCUUUUGCAUCUUUUUGUCACUUUAUCGACAUUUGUU